CUGUCCCGUCUUUAGACAGGAGGCUCCGGCGCAGAUGGCAGCCUGUCAGAUUUAUGGCAUUGUUCAAACCCACGAGGAAGCUCUGCUUAUUUGUCGGGGCACACCAGAAGUCGCCGGUGAAAUGGCUGCGGACACGUGAGGGUCCUCUGACACAAGCUCACUGAAACCUUUCCAAGAACAAGAGACUCGAUAGGAGCUGAAAAACCAUUAACCGGAUUUUGACCACGCAGGUUAACUUCCUCGCAUUGCAUCUUUAAAUAGUGUUGAUUAUUUGAAGGAUUGCCAAAUCUUUUAGUGAAAUACAAGAAUCUAUAGUUGGAUUUCUGUCCCUUUCUUUGCAUUUAAUAAAUGAAUAAAGCUGGAUCGGAAGCAGGCGCAGCUGAAUGUCUUCCAGGAAUCCUUUUCUUGCUCUAACGUGUCGCAGCAAAUGUAUUCGUGCCCUUUGAACCCUUUCACAAUUUGUCGCGUUACAGAAACGAGAUACAAACUUCUGUGUCGUAAAUUUAGAUCUUAUUUUAUUUGGAAGUGGGAGGAAAAGCAGAUGUGGGCUGCAUUUUUUUAUUUUUUUAAAGUGAAACCUUACCCCUGUGGCAUGCAUUUCUAUUCAUUAAAUCCAAUGCAGCGUCCUAGUUUUGGGCUAUGGAUAGUUAGCUAGUUGGACUCACUGGAGUUUCUUUUUUGGAGUGCCAGAUUGAAACCGGUUGAUUAUUCCACAUUUUUCAGACUUCUGUUAUUAAGAAUUGAGGGUCGUUUUGCUUAGAGGGAAGUAAAUACAUGUGGAGAAUGAAAAUCCGCAGCAUUUUAAGUCCAAGCCUUUGAAAUGAACCUCUGUGUUCUUUAUUACCUGGCAUUCCUACUUGCUGCUAGUGUACUAGCAUACUUUACUGCAUAAUGUCUAAGGAUGAAAUUCUUUCUCCUGAACUUUUUCCUUUUUCUUUUUUUUUUUCCCCCCUCCCCCAAUUUCCAGAAUGUUUUGGCUUGCAUAGCAAUGAGGGGUGUUGAGAGCGCUUCUUGUAGACGAAAUCUGUAUUUUCCCUAAAGCUUUCUAGCAAAAGGUGAAACAGAUUUUCUCCGUGUUCCUGUGUCUGGAAACCCUUGGCUACAGUCAGCAGAGGACGCAACACCCCAUCACUAAAGGAGCUCUCCAGUUCUGUUACCGAAUCAUGCAUGGAAUGGGAGAAACUUUCCAAGAGAGAUGUUUUGCUGGUGCCUCACCCCCUGCAUCGUUUCGAAGGGACUUCCUGACAAGACCUUUUCUUCCUGAUUAAUGUCCGAGUUACAACAAUGGAUGCGGAGUUGGAGUUUGCCAUCCUGCCAAGCACGACUGGCAAACAGCUUUUUGACCAGGUGGUGAAGACGAUCGGACUAAGGGAAACAUGGUUCUUCGGCCUUCAGUAUCAGGACAGCAAAGGCUUCUCCACCUGGCUCAAGAUGAACAAAAGAGUGACGGCUCAAGAUGCGAAGAAGAACAACCCCCUGCUGAUUAAGUUCAGGGCCAGGUUUUACCCAGAGGAGGUAGCCGAGGAGCUGAUCCAGGAGGCAACGCAGCGCCUCUUCUUCCUGCAGGUGAAGGAGGGCAUCCUGAACGACGACAUAUACUGUCCGCCCGAGACUGCAGUGCUCCUGGCAUCGUAUGCAGUGCAAGUCAAACACGGAGACUACAGCAAAGAUUAUCACGUACCGGGAUACCUCACCAAAGAGAAGUUGCUGCCACAGAGGGUUUUGGAGCAGCACAAGCUGAAUAAGAAUCAGUGGGAGGAAAGAAUCCAGGUGUGGCAUCAAGAGCACAAGGGAAUGCUGAGGGAGGACGCAAUGCUGGAGUAUCUGAAGAUAGCGCAGGACCUGGAGAUGUACGGGGUCAACUACUUCAACAUCAAGAACAAGAAAGGGUCCGAGCUGUGGCUGGGAGUGGAUGCGCUGGGGCUGAACAUUUAUGACAAGAAAGACAAGAUGACCCCAAAGAUCGGCUUCCCCUGGAGUGAGAUAAGAAACAUCUCAUUCAACGACAAGAAAUUUGUCAUCAAGCCAAUUGACAAGAAAGCCCCGGACUUUGUUUUCUAUGUACCUCGUCUCCGCAUCAACAAACGCAUCCUGGCAUUGUGCAUGGGAAAUCAUGACCUGUACAUGCGCAGACGCAAACCUGACACCAUCGAGGUGCAGCAGAUGAAGGCCCAGGCCAGGGAGGAGAAGAACAAGAGGCAAAUGGAGCGGGCUCUGCUCGAGAGCGAGAAAAAAAAGCGAGAAAACGCCGAGAAGGAAACGGAGAAGAUUGCCCGGGAGACCAUGGAGCUGAUGGAACGAUUGAGACAGAUUGAAGAGCAGACAAAGAGAGCUCAAGACGAGUUGGAAGAGCAGACCCGCAGAGCCCUGGAGUUGGAAAAGGAGAGAACAAUCGCUCAGGAGGAGGCAGAGCGUCUGGACUACGACCGCAGAGCUGCAGUGGAGGCGAAAGCGGCCCUGCUACACCAUUCCGAGACCCAGAUCAAGAGCCAGGAAGGCCUGGCCACUGAGCUGGCUGAGCUUACCACUAAGAUCUCCCAGCUGGAAGAAGCCAAGAAGAAAAAGGACGAGGAGGCGCAGCAAUGGCAGAAAAGGGCCUUGAUGGUAGAAGCUGAUUUGGAGCGAACCAAAGACGAGCUGAAGACUAAACUAAUGGGUCUCCAAAUCCAGAACUCUGUUCACCCCCACAUGCACGAGCACGACGAGACGGACGAGAGCAGCGCCGAGGCGAGCGCCGAGCUGACCGCCCCCGGCAUGGUCCGCGACCGCAGCGAGGAGGAGAGGGUGACGGAGGCGCAGAAGAACCAGAGGCUGCAGAAGAACCUGAAGUUCCUGAGCACCGAGCUGGCCAGAGCCGUGGACGAGAGCAAGAAGACCCCCAAUGACCUGAUCCACGCUGAGAACGUGAGGGCAGGCCGUGACAAAUACAAGACCCUGCGUCAGAUUCGCCAGGGCAACACGAAGCAGCGCAUCGACGAGUUCGAGUCCAUGUAAGACGGCGAAGGCUCAGAGCUGCGCUUAAACAGCGAGGACGGAGUGGAGAUUUUAGAUGAGUAGAGGCUGAUUAUUACCCAGGAAAACGUCUCGAUGUAACCGAAUGUGACAGAAAUAUAAUUUAUCACGCCGUGAGUUCUUUGGCGUCUCCUUUUUUUUCUGUUUUUUUUUUUUUUUUUUUUGGAAAAUAACAAACUGCCCCCUGAAAGCACCCAGUAGUUGAAAACUUGUAUCUUUCUCACCCUUUGUUCCCCCCCUUACCCCCCCGAUGUCCCGGACAGUCUGAUUAUACACACACACACACACACACACACACCGUCCUUGUGAAACAUUUCCCCGCCGUGGACCGAUCGGGAAAACAUUUUGAGCCGCUUUGCAGGUAUUCCAUGUUACACUUGUUGUCUGUCUUAGAGAAUUAAGAGAAAGUAAAAAAAUAAAUGCUCCUGGAGCAAAAAUCAGUCCUACUCCGUUUUCUGUUCUGUUUCCAUAUGAAUGAGUGAGCGAGCAUCACCUUCAAUGUGCCUAACGAAGCAUAUCAUCGCCAAUUAUAACUUUUCCCAUUCAUGUACACAAAACACCGAGUUCCCACCAUCAUCUCCUCAUCACUGCACUUACACUUUUAUUACCCAGUCUUGCAAAAAUGAAUGUGUUUGGAUACAAAUCAAAAAAUUUGGAGCAGUUCUGUUGGGUCUUUAUUCCCUCCCUGCACCCUCUCCUCCCCACCUCUAUUGAAUGAAAAUACAAAGGUACAUUAUUAGGCUACAUUUGUUUUGUUUACCGUUAAUAAUUGUUUUAAACAUGAGUGAACUGUUCACACUUGUAAGCUUGUCGUAAUUAGAGAAUAAAGGAGUGCACCCUGGGUACAUGUCGGUUUAUG